UCGGCGUCACUAAAAAGCGGAUCAUCAUCACAACGAGUGCAAUUCUCUGCUGAUCUUCUCUCCACGUUCCCAAAGAGCGUAAUCAAGAGUGUCAUUGAAGGUCAUAUGCAAAAAUGAAUCUUGGCAUUGAUUGUGUUAUCGAUGACCAGGACUGUGCCGCCAUCAUCUCUCCCAGAGCCUCAAUCGCUGAAAGCUCUGUAAAAAAGAUUCCGCGUCCCAAGAAUUCCUUCAUGAUAUUUCGACAGGAAGUACAUGCCUCUGUAGCAGCAAAAAACCCUGGCAUGCAAACCUCGAAAAUUUCCAAGAUUAUUGCAGAGAAGUGGCACAGUCUUACCCCAGCUGUACGAGACGCGUACAAAAAGAGAGCCUCAGCAGAAGCCCGUCAACAUAGGCUCGAUCAUCCUCAAUACCGUUACACUCCACGCAGACCGACGAAUCGGAGAACAGCAAGCACACAAGUAAAUCGAGAGAUUUCGUCCACCGCUCGUGCUUUCACUUCCUCACAGGAAGGGCAGUCUUCUCUCAUUGGCACCUCUCAUAUAAUAGCUGAUUACAACGCACAAAGCGAGGAACCUCCUAAGCAUGAAGAGACGCAAGUCCACCCGGACUUCAAGAUGCCCAUUGAUGACUUCGAGAUCUUUCGAGGUGCGGAGCAGCAAUAUGCAGUCAACACGUACUACUACAACGCGAACCUCCAAGACGUCAGCUACCUACAUAACGCCGAGCUUGGUCAAGUAUUCUUGACGCCGGCAGAUGACUUUUGGUCUUCGGUGCCAAAUGAUUUUGACCAGCGACUAACUUGGAAUUCUUCAUGACUUCUUCAGUGAGGUUUGCUCGCAGUCGAUCCUGGUUUGAGCAUUCACGCU